CACCCGGCCCGUUCCCCAAGAGCAGAGUCUUCGGAGGAUUGGGCUUCGCAAGCAUCCCGCAGUGUAGCGUAGGCCGGUGACAGUGCGCGACCAAUUGCAGAUGCGUCGAUGGUGCCCUUGCAAGCAAAUGCAUCAUACAUGGGUGGAGGGCCGGUGUCACCAGGACGACGAGAAGAGGUUGUCCUCAUUACGGGCUGUUCCGAUGGGGGGAUUGGGUCUGCACUUGCCUUAGAAUUUUGUGAUUGCGGAUUUACGGUUGUUGCCACCUCUAGGUCUUUGGAAACUAUGAAGAGGUUCGAAGGUCACCAGUAUAUUGCGGUUCUUGCUCUUGAUUUGCUGUCGGAGGAGAGCAUCAAGGAGGCCGUGGCAUCGGUCAUGGCCUUAUAUGGCCGAAUUGACAUCCUCGUCAACAAUGCAGGCAUGCCUUGUACUGCUCCCCUGGUGGAAGUCCCCAUUGCAAUAGUGGACCAAGUCUACAGAACCAACUACCUUGGUCCCAUUAUGAUGAUUCAAGCGGUUGUGCCGCACAUGGUGGCGAAAGGGAAAGGCAAGAUUGUGAAUGUAAGCAGUAUAGCAGUUUAUGCAACUGGUCCAUUUACUGGAGCCUAUAGUGCUUCUAAGGCAGCGUUGCAUUACAGCACUGAUGCUUUGAGAUUGGAGUUAAAACCAUUCAACAUCGACGUCAUGCUUCUUGUUCCGGGUGGCGUGGUCACUGGUAUCGCAUCCAAGGGAUACGAAAUUCUGAAGAACAAUUUGAGCAUGUUAAAAAUCUUCAAGCCUUACGAGGAGUACUUGCUGCAGCGGGCAAUGUUGUCACACCACCCGAAGUCAACCCCCGCUCCCCUUUUCGCUAAGAAGGCUGUCAACGCUAUUGUAGCGAAAUCCUCUACUGCGUGCUACACAUAUGGUUUCCUGUCUCGUAUUUAUCGCAUCCUGUUCUACUGCCCCUAUUGGAUUCGAGAUUGGUGGUUUUCAUCCAAAAUUAAAGUCAUCAACGUCAAGAAGCAACAAUAAAUGGUUGACAGGCCCCGCCAUCACUUUGUGACCCCAUGGCUUCUUACCUUCACUGUGAGUGUCAGGUUCGAAGGUUGUUCGAAUUCUUAAUCCUCAUUAAAUAUGUCAAGGUAUUCUUUCCUCUCUGAACUCAGUCGCUUGCUUCUCCGAAAAGAAACAAAGAUGGAGAACAUGAUUUUCUUGUGUCCCUGCGGUUCACUUUGUUGAGCACAAUAGUUGUGUAUAGCUCACCCAGAGCCACGAAUCUAUACAGUAAGAGAAUAUUCGUGUGAAGUUGUUUCUCCUCCAUAGAACCAACUCCAUUACAGUCUUUGAUAGCGUUAGGAUAAAGGGCCAAGGCUGUCUAGCAGUUUUGCUGUAGAUUGUGGGUAAUGCUUCCUUUCAAUAUGCAGGAUGAGAGAUCAAUUUAAGCAUGAUAAAAAGUUGAAAUUUCGGUAACUUGAGUUUUGUCACAGCGAUCUUUUGAUAAAGUGACUCUGUAUCCCGCGGUUUUUAUAUUGAUGGGAUUACAACUGUAUGGAA